UGGCGAGGCGCGAUGGGCGGGUCCAUGCAGGGAAGUGCAUUGCAGGGUUACACAGUACGGUGGUGGCUAUUCUUUCUGCUACUUCCGGUACAUACCGCUGGCCGCCGGCGCUGCAGCUGCGGUGUAACGGGGAGUGAUGUCUGCGCACUAACGGGCCGCUAUGUAUUUCCUCAGCGGCUGGCCCAAGCGGCUGCUGUGUCCUCUAAAGAGCCUGGAGAGUCCUUUCCACAUCCAACCGGACCCGCAGCGCCUGUUAAUGGCAGUGCUGUCUCCCACCCAGCUCAGUGUAUGGCACAGCAAACCCGGUGUGUUAAUAGCCAGUUACAAGGAGUCGGCGAAAGCCACGGCCCAAUUUGGAGCUUACAAGGAGUCAGAAUGGAGACCGGACAGCAGUGUCAUCGUUAUUGCAACUGCCAAUGGGUAUAUGUUGUUUUUUGAUAUUGUUCCGGCAGGAGAGGACAAGUAUUUGUAUGAACCCGUGUAUCCAAAAGGAAGUACUCAUGGAAAGACAAUACCUCAUUACAAGGAGGAACAAUGUGCUCCAGCAUUAAACUUGGAAAGCAAAAAAGUUCUGGAUUUACAGGCUCCAAUAACAAGCAUCCAGUCCAUGAUGGAAGACCUGCUGGUGGCCACAGAAGAUUGCCUAAUUCACCUCAUUCACUGGGAAAGCAUGACGAAUGGCAGAAAAGCAAUCAACCUGGCUUCAAUACCGUUUUCAGUUGACUUUCAGCCAUCCAGAGCAGGUUCAUGCUUGGAUUUUGGAGAUGUGCAUGUCCGGGACAUGGAGUACUGUGUCACUCUUGAUGGUUUUGCUGUAGUGUUCAAUGAUGGCCGCGUUGGUUUCAUCACUCCUGUAUCAAGUCACCUCACAGCCGAUCAGAUCCAUGGGGUUUGGGCUCAAGAUGUUGCUGAUGGAACUUGCGUGGCUGUAAACAAUAAAUACAGAUUGAUGGCGUUUGGAUGUGCCAAUGGAUCUGUGCUUGUAUAUACAAUAGAUAACACGACUGGUGCUAUGCAGCUUUCUCAUAAAUUGGAACUUACACCAAAACAGUAUCCAGAUAUCUGGAACAAGACUGGAUCAGUGAAGCUGCUAAGGUGGUCACCUGAUUACAGUGUUGUCAUGGUGACCUGGGAAUGUGGUGGACUUUCCCUGUGGAGUGUAUUUGGGGCACAUCUGAUUUGUACUCUUGGAGGAGACUUUGCUUACAGAGCAGAUGGGACCAAAAAAGAGACUCUGAAAAUUAACUCAAUGUGCUGGGGACCGGAAGGCUACCAUUUGUGGGCAAUUGCUGCAGACUCCAGUGGACCUGCGACAAGUGACAAAGCUGUUCCCAAGCAAUCUGGAAUACUCCAAUUUCAGUUCAUUAAGAGUGCUCUUACUGUGAACCCCUGCAUGAGCAACCAAGAACAAGUAUUGCUUCAAGGAGAAGAUCGCUUGUACUUGAACUGUGGGGAUGCAACUCAGACACAACAUGUUAGAAGUCCAUCAUUACACUCGGAGUCCUUGCGUGACCGAAGUCCAUUCCCUGUAGGAAGUGUAGAUUCUCAGGGCUUAAGCACUUUACUCGGACACAGACACUGGCACAUUGUGCAGGUACACAGCACCUACCUUGAGAGCAAUUGGCCAAUCAGGUAUUCUGCCAUAGACAAGACAGGGCAAAAUGUCGCUGUUGUUGGAAAAUGUGGAUUUGCACAUUACUCGUUGCUCACAAAGAAGUGGAAGCUGUUUGGGAAUAUUACUCAAGAGCAGAACAUGGCUGUGACAGGAGGUCUGGUUUGGUGGAAUGAUUUCAUUGUUCUGGCAUGUUAUAAUUUAAAUGAUCGCCAGGAAGAGCUACGGGUUUACCAACGUACGUCCAAUCUGGAUAAUGCCUUUGCACAUGUGACUAAAGUGCAGCUAGAUACACUGCUUCUCAGUGUGUUCAGAGAUACGCUGAUCUUGUUCCGGGCAGAUUGUUCUAUCUGCCUUUAUAGUAUUGAAAGAAGAUCUGAAGGUCCUCAUCCUUUGGUAUACUUACAAGUCCUUCAGGAGGUGUCCAUGUCUCGUUACAUUCCCCACCCAUCACUGGCAGUGUCCGUUACUCUAACAUCCGUGAGGACAGAGACUGGAAUCUCAUUAAAAAUGCCCCAGCAGGCAUGUGAUGCAGAAAGCAUUAUGUUGAAUUUGGCAGGCCAGCUAAUAAUGUUGCAAAGAGAUCGUUCAGGUCCUCAAAUUCGUGAAAAAGAUGCCAAUUCCCAGCAGCGCAAACUACUGCCUUUUUGUGCUCCGGUGGUCUUAGCACAGUCUGUGGAAAAUGUAUGGAGCACCUGUCGGGCCAACAAGCAGAAACGACAUCUCCUUGAGGCUCUCUGGCUCAGCUGUGGCGGAGCAGGCAUGAAAGUUUGGCUUCCUUUGUUUCCCAGGGAUCAUCGUAAACCACAUUCCUUUCUAUCCAGACGUAUAAUGCUACCUUUUCACAUUAACAUCUACCCGCUUGCAGUCCUAUUUGAAGAUGCCCUGGUUCUCGGGGCUAUCAAUGAGAGUGUUGCUUAUGACUGUUUAAACCACCUUGGCUCUCCUGCUGAACACUUAGGGGUUCAGUUUCCUUACUGUAUUGUAGAGAGGACAUCUCAGAUCUACCUCCACCAUAUCCUGCGACAGCUUUUAGUCAGGAACCUAGGAGAGCAGGCCUUGCUCUUAGCCCACUCGUGUGCCUCUUUACCUUACUUCCCACAUGUACUUGAACUCAUGCUCCAUGAAGUAUUGGAAGAAGAAGCUACCUCACGGGAACCUAUUCCCGACCCACUGCUUCCCACUGUGGCCAAGUUCAUCACAGAGUUCCCCCUUUUCCUUCAGACUGUGGUGCACUGUGCUAGGAAGACUGAGUAUGCCCUUUGGAAUUAUCUUUUUGCUGCUGUUGGCAACCCCAAGGACUUGUUUGAAGAGUGCCUAAUGGCUCAGGAUCUUGACACAGCUGCCUCUUAUCUCAUUAUUCUUCAGAACAUGGAAGCGGCAGCAGUAAGCAGGCAGCAUGCAACCCUCCUCUUUAACACCGCGUUGGAGCAAGGAAAGUGGGAUCUGUGCAGGCACAUGAUACGGUUUCUAAAGGCUAUUGGCUCUGGGGAAUGUGAGACGCCUCCUCCCACUCCCACCUCACAGGAGCCCAGCUCUGCUGGUGGGUUUGAAUUCUUCAGGAACCGCAGCAUAAGCUUGUCCCAGUGUGCGGAGAAUCUUCCUGUUGGAAAGUUUAACCUCCAGAAAACCCUGAGCAUGCCUACUGGCCCUGCCGGCAAGAGGUGGAGUAAAGACAGCGACUGUGCAGAGAACAUGUACAUAGACAUGAUGCUGUGGAGGCACGCACGGAGGCUGCUGGAAGAAAUCAGACUAAAAGACCUUGGCUGUUUUUCUGCGCAGCUGGGCUUUGAGCUGAUAGGCUGGCUAUGUAAAGAACGCACGCGUGCUGCGCGGCUGGAAGAUUUUGUCACUGCCUUGAAGAAGCUUCACAAGGAUUUCCUUUGGCCUUUCCCUGUUAUACCAGCUUCGUCCAUCAGCUCUCCUUUUAAAAAUGGCAAAUUCCGGGCAGUAACUGGGGAGCAGUACCUUAAGUCACAGUCUGCUGAUAACUUCCUAAGCAUGGACAUGGACAGUGGUGUUCCCAGUGCUCCUCGAAGUCACUCAUGGAUGGGAAGCCUUGGGACGUCUCACAGAGAGAUGGAUACAGCCUCAUCUCACAGCCCUCACACCCAGGAUGCAUUCCUGUCACCGUUAUUGAAUAAAGGAGAUGAAUGUAGCAUUGGCUCAGCAACUGAUCUCACUGAAACCAGUUCCAUGGUGGAUGGGGACUGGACAAUGGUUGAUGAGAACUUCUCCACCCUGAGUCUUACGCAGUCAGAACUGGAACACAUUUCUAUGGAGCUGGCCAACAAAGGACCUCACAAAUCUCAAGUCCAGUUACGAUACUUGCUGCAUGUCUUCAUGGAAGCUGGCUGCCUGGAGUGGUGUGUAAUCAUUGGGCUUAUACUGCGGGAAUCUUCCAUUAUUAAUCAAGUGUUAAACUUUCUGCAAUGUCCUGAGGUAGCAGAUGAGAUGUUACAGGGUAUACAGAGCGGUUUGCAGGCUGUGGAUGCCUGGGCCACCAGUGACUGCCCCGGAUACAAGCCAUUCCUAAACAUCAUAAAACCUCAACUGCAGAAGCUGAGUGAAGUGACAGUGGAGCAAGUACAACCUGAAACCUUUCAGCCCUCCAUCAUCUCAAAGGUCGCAGAACAAUCCAGCCCGAGGGCAGAGGAGAUCCGUAGCUUGACCAGCCUCAGUUCCAUUCCUCAAAGUGAGACCAGUAGCAGCAGUAUGAGCAGGCAUGAGGAGUCCACCUCUAAACAAGAGCAAGAAGAGGUCUUUCAGGAUGGGAGUUAUGAUUGCGUUAUUUCCUAAUGCAGAGCAAGCUUUUCAGACUGAGAUCACAGCAGUAUUAGUGAUUAUAAUCACCAGUGGCUGGUCACAUGACUGCCAGUUUUAAUGAGUAUGAAAAGGACUUUUCUUUUUUGUCUUUCAGUGGUUUCUAAGAAACCAUCCCUUAAGAAAGCCUUAUAUUUGUAUUUUGUUUGUUUACAUUCUUUUUUUUCCCCCAAAUAUAAUUUUAAUCUUCCUUAUUAAUGAGAACUGCAUGUGCUUCAGGAUUUAAUAGCACCUAGAUCAUGGAAACAAAGCUUUGCUGAGCUGUCUGGCAAGAGGAGAAAUAUUCUUCAGAAGUGUGUGCAGCGCAGGGAAAAAAAGAUCUCUACUACAAAAUGCGGAUUACAAAGUAAUGCCUGGUGAGACCAUUGCAUAAUAAUCCUCCUCUGGGCUUGCACAUUGUGUGGUUCCGCAUUUUAGCAGAAUAACAUUUCACACUUGCAGAUGCUCCAGAGACGCGUGUUACUGUGUGUGGUAACAGAAAUGCAGCCUAUGCCACCCAUCUAUUUCAGGUUCUCUUAACCCAAGAAUUUCUAGAGUCUUGAUAACGGUGCUUGCUGCUGCAUCAGCAUUUGUAUGCCAGCAGUUUCUGAUCAUGGCUGCUUUGUGCACAGUGGAGGCGCGUGUGCAGGGUGUGGGGACAAGUAACUUGGCAUGUGCUGGCAGUCUCACAUAGACACAGGCUUACGAUGGAUUGGAGAACAGGCUUCAGAAUUACUGAGCAAUUUGGGUGCUGUGAUUUCUCUUUCAUACAUCUGUAAAGGUUUGGUAUUACUAUGUAAAUAUAAUGUAUUUUUGUGAAUACUUCUCUCAAUAUAAAGAUUGUCUAUUAUUUUGGAUAUGUAUAAUAAUAUUGCAGGACCGUCUAAGCCAUUUUUUGCACUUUGCAGUGGACACAACCCUCUUAAUUAUUGGUUCAUCAACUGCACUGUGCUUCUACAGAAUCCUCCUUUUAACGGCCGCGACUGACCCCAGAGAGCAGUCCCUCUUUUGUCUAGUUUUUGUUUUUUUAAAGAAGGUACAAUAAGGUUCCUAUUUAUUACCUUAGUACAAUGAUUCACUUGAACAUAGGUUUUGUAAAUAAAAGCUGUAUUCAUGUUCCAUAUUGCUAUUUGCAGCAUUAAUGUCAACUGUAAGCAGCAUGUAUUUUUGACCAUUUUCUAAUGUGUAUGACCUUAUUUUAUCUUCCAUCAAACAUGGCUGUUGGAGGAAAAAAAGAGAAAUAGUAUAUAUGUUUUGUUACAGAUCAGCUUUUCCCAUAUUUUAUGUACCCAAAACGAAAUAUGUAAAUUACGGCCGAAAUUCUUGAAUAACAGUAUUAAGAUAUAAAAACCGAGCUGUUUUUACUGUGCAAUUUGAACGGGGGGGGGGGAACGUAUUAUUUUAUACAAGACAUACAUGUUUAUUUUUAUAAUAGAUAUAUUUGAUUAUUAUAUGGACCAAAUGUUUCUAGCAACAGAUUUGAAUGUUGUGGAAGACUAGAUGAAGGGUGAUUAUAACAACACAGGUAUCACAAACGUGGCAGGAUGAGCUUGUGAUGUCAGAGGCACAAGCACAUCUGGCUUUAGUGAAACGCAUUGAGAACUCUCUCUUCUCAAGUUGGAGUUUUCUGAAAAUGAAACUGACAUCCAAAGAAACUAGAUCUAAUUUGGAAACCUAAUACAUUGUUCUCCAAAACAAUCAUCGGGCAGAAAUUGUUGAGUUUGGAAAACUUGCAAUGAAAUAUAUCAUUCAGAUAAUUGAAGGUGAGCUAUUGAUGGGAAAUAUAAUUCUUUAAUAGUGUGAAACGUAUAUCUGCACUGAGGACAACAUAGACCAUAUUCAUUGCAUGCUUCAUUUUUAUUUUUUCAUUUGCAUACAAACUGAGGAACAUAAUGGCAAAGUAUUGAUUGUUGCUUCUUGGACAAAGCAGUAAUAUGUGCAUUUUAAAUUUUUAUUUUAUUUAAACUAAAACAUUUUUGAGAGACCUGAUUUAAGCCAUCCACUUGGGCCAAAAUUCAAGUGACCGAAUUAGUGUCCACUAUGGCUAAGCAUAGAUUUUUACUAAUUUGGAUGUGAUGGGCCUGUUAGUGCAAUUAGAAAAAGGCUGCACACAGGUAAUAAUCUGAUUAUUGUGUUAUAAUAUGGCGUGGUAGAGGUUUUGUGGCUAUUUUUAAUGCAACAUCAGGUUAGUUACUGAUAUUGCAAAAUAUAUGUCCAGCAUAAGUGUUUUGGAAAAAUGAAUUAACAAGAAUACAUUUGUAAAAAUAAGUUUCCAAAUUACCUAUAGUUGUCUUUGGCUGCUGGUUUUAAGUCAGUCUUAGGCCAGCAGUGAUCACAGAACUCCGUAGAUCUAAUGUAAUUUGUUAGUGAUAUUUUCGUGAAACAGAAGAGAGUAUUACAUGACUUUUAAAACUAAACCUGUGUUUGAUUUUUGUCCCCUCCAUCAAAGCACUCACUCUUGAUUUUUAGGUUCUCUUCUCCCCCCCCAAAAAAAAGCCUUUCUGCAUUCUCUUACAGUCUCUGUCUACUACAGACAAAAUUCCUCCUGGAUUUUGUUACAUUGCUCAAUGCACAUUUCUUUUAGACACUAAUGCAAACAAGUGCAAUAAAUUAUUAAGUAAUAAAGCUAUGGUUACUUGCCUUUCAAUACAA